CCGCGGCCCGGCCCGGCCUGGCCUGGCCCGGGUGCGACCCCGCCGGGGGCGCCCGCGGCUCGCAGCCGCCGCUCUCCCUGUCCUCCCGCCGCAGGAAGGCCGAGGCGCAGCCGGCGCCUGCCGAGCUCUUCGCGCAGCACAAGGAGGCACCUGCACCCGGGGCUGGAGGCGAGGAAGACAACGGCGGCCAGGACACGUGGGUCUUCGAGGUGAACAAGACUUCAAGGGGACAGAAGAACAGCUCCAACAAAAUGGGAAGGAAAAACGACGAGAUCUGUGGCACCAACCUUCUUGUGUCGAGCGUCUCUCAGGAGAAUCUCUCUCCAUGGAACUUGGAUUCAGAAGAACCCCUUGCUGACAAUGAAAACCUUCCGCUUGGAAAGGAUGGUCCGGCAGGCAAAACUAACAAGAACCAUCUGGAAACUCCGGCAGAACAGCUGGUGUUGCAGCUGACCGUCUCGGAGCAUGCUCACAGUAGAGUACAGCAGAACAGUAACCAAGGGGUAUUUCAGCUAUGGAAUUCUCCUGUCAAUAAAGGAAGUACCUUGGACAGCAGGGAAUUUAAAAACUCUUCAGUGGAAACUGGCUUCAGUGCAUCCAACAGUCCCAGGCUCUUCACCCUAAACCACUCAUUAACAAGUAUUCCGGGUUUGACAGCCAGCAAGCAAGUCAGUCCUUAUCCUGGCCAGUCAGUGCCAGCAGGGCUCUGCUGGCCCUAUGCCGAUGGAGACUUUCUUAAGGAUAGAAAUGAGUUUCGUCUUAACUCAUGCUCAACUAUGGAAAACAACAAUGGUGACUCUUUAUCCGUUUCAAAUUGGAAUUUCAAAUACAGAAACAGCAGUGUGGAAGAAAAUGUCACAGAUGAAAGUGACUUAUCAGAAAAUGAGAAAAUGAACGACUCUUUACUCAGCUAUUUUAAAAAGAUGGACCUGAACUUAAAGCCAGAAACAAUAGACCACGUGGAGAGAUCUUUCCCAGAGGAAGCCAACGGAAUGUCUGCAUAUGCUGACUUUCUCCCUGCUCCUUUCAACACUCUGGACUUACACAAAUUUGCCCUCUCAAAGUGUGAAAACUGGAAGGCAGUCAUCGACCCUCCAGAAAGCUCCAUUGAGCGGUUAAUAAUUCGUUUAUUGGAACUGGAAAGAUUACAACAUAUGACCAUCCAAAAAGAGAAGCCGAGGCUACAAAGCACUUUCUACAGCUCCAUGUUUUCAAUGGCAGAACGGCCUGCUUCCUCUAAAGCCAUCGCACUGAAAGGCAGGCCACCCAAGUUUCCUGACACGCUGACUCUACAGACCUCUAGUGCAGAGAAAAGUCGAGACAAGAGAAAAAACAGUUCCGGUUCUGGCAAGUCAGAACAAAAUGUUUCCAAAUGGAACUGGAGCAGUGCUGGCAAAUGUAAGUUGAACUCUAGACCGUUGCUAAGAUGUUCAUCCACUGCAAAACAGUGUGUUGCUGCUCACGAGGACUUGAAGAAUUCCAAAAGCUCCAUUUUAAAUCCUUGCCAGGAACUCCCACCCAAGCCUACUACUACCCAAGCAACCCAGCCACUGGCUAAAGUAGUCUCAACAAAAUGUCUCCCACCAAGGUCCCCGGUGCCAGUGUCUCCCAUACCCCUGUCUUUUCCUGAAAAUCCAAAGGAAGAAACUAAGGUGCCAAAGACCAAAAGGAAACUUCACCGAAAAAGCAUACUACUGAAUAGGCCUUUCUACAUUCAGAAGCAAAACUGCUUAUCGCCUUCACUUAUAGCCAGGGGUAAGUGCUCACCCACUGACCAAAAAUAGCUUCCAUACAUCUCAAUGUAAGUAAAUUUAUUCCAUGAAACCCAUCAAAAAUAUGGUUUAUCAUUGAGAAACAGGUAUUAGAAAUAAAAACCACCUCACCCAUAAAAACAUAAAUCCUUGAUAUGAUAUGGGGUAGAGCUCAUGACAUCACUGCUAUAUCUAGACAGUCAAGGGCUUCCUCACUGACGUAUUGACAAUCUUUUGUAUGUUGUACUUCAAAAAAAUGUCUCACUUAGUAAAGCAAAUUAUUCAGAAGACCGUUUUUUUUUGUGAUUGUUUUCUAAUAUGAUUCCAUUAUCAAUAAAUGGUACAGUUAACUCC